AUGGUGCUGGGCGACGUGGGUCGUAGUCCACGCAUGCAGUACCACGCGCUAUCGCUGGCGCGGAUGUCCCCGAACCUGCGUGUGACGCUGCUGGGCUACGCUGGCGAGCACUGUGUGCCCGACGUGGCACGUCAGAGCAACAUUGAGCUAUUGGCCUUCACUCCACACUUGCAGCGACUACCACGCAAGUUGUUCCUGCUACUGGCGCCCGUGAAGGUUUUACUUCAGCUGCUCCAGCUGCUCUGGCUGCUCCUGGUCAGUGCCGGCAGCAUUGACCUUGUGCUGCUGCAGAACCCGCCGACGAUCCCGACGUUCGUGGUGGUCUGGCUCUGCUGCCGACUGAAGGGCGCCAAGUUCGUGAUUGACUGGCAUAAUUUGGGCUACAGUUUGCUAGCACUGUCACUUGGUAAUCGCCAAGUGGGUCGAGCGCGUCUUCGGGCGCAAGGCCGAUGCGAAUUUGUGUGUCACGCACGUGAUGCAGACGUGGCUAAAAGACACCUGGAGGAUUGA